AUGGAGCAACUUCAAGAGAACCAAGUUGUCCUUCAAGAAGAAGUAUCCCAAAUGCGGUCCCAAAUGCGGCAAUUGAUGGAGACUAUUCAAGCAGUCGCAAGAGGUCAGGAGAUUAUGGAAAAAAUGCAAGAAGAAAUGAACCAACGUGCCAGUACUACCAAUCCUCCUACUCCUCGAACGGUCGAGAAUCCGACUCCAGUUCCUCAACUUGAUCCUCCAAUCAACAUUAAUGCACCCGGCGGUGUUCCAAACGAUAAUCCUCGUCCUCAUGCUCUUGAGACAGACGACCAACUUGAUGCAUUCUUCAUCCCAAGGGACGCUUCUCAAGAUGACGCCUUCGGUUCUGCAACCAACAAGGUGGAAAGGAAGGUAAAGGCUAUCGAGGAAAAGCUCAAGGCAAUGGGGAGCACCGACAUUUUAGGCCUCGAUGCGGCAGAAAUGUGCUUAGUACCUGGGGUCAUCAUUCCGGCCAAGUUCAAAGUUCCGGACUUUGAAAAAUAUAAGGGAAAUAGCGACUCUAGGACACACAUUAGGGCAUACUGCCGAAAGAUGGCUGCCUAUUCCAGCGAUGAUCAACUUCUAAUGCAUUUUUUCCAGGAUUUCCUCAGUGGGGCAUCUUUGGAUUGGUACAUGCAACUCGAGGGCAACCAUAUUCACACCUGGAGGGAAAUGGCUGAGGCAUUCCUCAAGCACUAUCAGUACAACACUGAUAUGGCACCUAAUCGCACGCAGUUGCAAAAUUUGACUCAGAGGUCUGAGGAGUCCUUCAAAGAGUAUGCCCAGCGGUGGAGGGAAUUAGCUGCUAGGGUACAACCCCCAUUGCUAGAAAGAGAACUGGUAGACAUGUUUAUGGGAAACUUGCAAGGUCCAUACCUUGAUAGAAUGGUAGGGAGCACCUCUUCAGGCUUUUCCGACCUGGUCUUAGCCGGUGAAAGGAUAGAAAAUAUGAUUAAAAUGGGAAAGAUCCAGAACUCUGCCAGUACUUCUAGUGCAUCAAAGAAACCUUUUGUUCCCUAUGGUAAAAAACGAGAAGGCGAGACCAAUGUUGCCUCCAUCAUUCGAACAAGAAAUCCCACUUAUCCACAAGUGGCUGCCAUAGCUCCCGUCCAACCAAGUCAACAACAACCAUUGGCAAUUCCUGUUCAAACUCAACAACAACAACGGUAUCAACAACAACCGCAACAUCAGCAGCCACAAUAUCAACAACAACAAAGGAUGCGAAGGCCCGAGAGAAGAUUUGACCCAGUUCCCAUGCCUUAUAGCCACAUUCUACCAUAUUUAUUGAGGGGAUCACUUGUGCAACUAAGAGAGUUAGGACCCCCUCCAGCGGUUCUUCCUCCCGGUUAUGAUGCAAAUGCCCGCUGUGAAUUUCAUUCUGGCGCUCCCGGGCAUUCGAUCGAGAAUUGUAAAGCAUUAAAAUACAAGGUUCAAGAUCUUAUUGACUCUAAGGCAAUCACGUUCGCCCCCAAGAGGCCGAAUGUGAAUAAUAACCCGAUGCCCCCUCACAAUAAUGCAUCGGUGAAUAUGAUGGAAGCUGACAAUGGAAGGAAAUUGAUGGCCUGUGUGGACGAGUUAAAAACACCACUCAUCGAGAUCAAGAAUGAUUUAAUGAAGAAUAAUGUAUUUCCCAUCUGUGGUAAUUCCUGUGAACACUGUCUGAUUAACCCGCAACAAUGUGGAACAUUGAAGUCUGUCAUACAACAAUUAAUGAACCAAGGGAUCUUGGUGGUAGACUGUCCGUCCACAAAGGAAGAUGUGUCUACCCUCGAGAUACCAUACGAUGAAGUCCCUCCUCUGCAAAUUCCAUAUGACUUCUCUCAGUUAACUCUAUCGACAAAUCCUGUUACUCCAAUCGUAAUAACAGUUCCCACACCAUUCCCAUAUGUUGACACCAAGGCAGUCCCAUGGAUGUAUGACACCUCAGUCUACAUUCAGGGUCAGAUGGUGCAAGAAGAACCGUUGAAGUCUAGUGACCCAAUGAUCAAUAUCAAUGGCACUAGCGGAGUCACGAGAAGUGGAAGGAUAUUUGCACCGACACCCACUCCAAUUGGAACUAUCAAUCCUUCAACUUCAGACAAAGGCAAACAAAUUGAUGGCGCUCAGCAAAGACAAGACCCCACACCUUCAGGUGAAGUAGACGAGUUCUUACGCAUCAUCAAGAAGAGCGAUUAUCGAGUAAUUGAUCAACUUAACCAGACACCCUCGAAGAUCUCAAUGUUGUCUCUAUUGAUGUGCUCGGAGGCCCAUAGGGAGGCUUUGGUAAAGUUUCUGAGGACAGAUCAUGUACCACAAGAGAUAUCUGUUUGUCAGUUUGAAGGAGUAGUUAACAAUAUCGCUACUAGCUUAAGCUUAGUCCUAUCAAGAGUUUUGGUAGACACUGGGUCUUCCCUCAAUGUGAUGCCUAAGAGUUCCUUUGCUAAACUAACUAUUGAAGGACUCGUAAUGAAGCCGAGUGAGCUUAUAGUAAGAGCAUUUGAUGGGACUAGAAGGACUGUAAUCGCUGAUGAUAAGCUAGUUGUUGUCGAGGGUGAGGAGGACAUUAUGGUAAGUCACCUCGCAUCUUUCCGAUACGUUGAAGGAGAAGGGGAGAUAAGAGAAGUCCCAUUCCAAUCAUUCGAAGUUAUCAAUGUUGAAAUGGUUUGCCCAGCAAGGGAUGAAUCAAAAGAUGUCGAAUCUCCCAUGGCAUCUCUUAAAGACGCCCUGACAAUUAUAAAGGAUGGACACCCCCAAGGAUGGGGAAGAUUGCUUGAACUCCCUGCCAACAAGGACCGCACCGGUUUGGGAUACAACUCCCAAAAUUUGAAGAAGCCCGCGCCGAUAGCUACAAGGGGAUCAGUGCUCCCGCUGUCCGACAACUUCUCAAGUGUUGGUUACCUGGAUGACAAUCGUAUUUGUGCCGUGGAAGAAGAAGAAGAAGAAGAAGAUGAUGGCUUGAUCUUCACAAAGACUGAUGGAAAUGGUGCCACCAAAUGGACCGAGUUUGAAAUACCUAAAGUGACCUUGAUUAAAAUAUCAUCCUCGACAACCACCAAUGACAAUUCUGCUACAGUCUCAUACAGCUUUGACAACCCGAUUAAUCAAGCUGAUGAAGAGUGUGAGGAAGAGGCCGAACUCCCAGAAGAAUUGGCAAGGCUUCUCAAGCGAGAGGAAAAAGUCAUUCAGCCGCACGAAGAAUCAGUGGAAGUGAUUAACCUUAGGACAGAUGAGGAAGCGAAAGAAGUCCGAGUCGGCUCUGCUCUACAAGACGAGGUGAAGACAAAAUUGAUUGAGCUCUUGAAGGAAUACAAAGAUGUGUUUGCAUGGUCAUACCAAGAUAUGCCCGGCCUCGAUACUGACAUUGUGGUCCAUCAUCUAUCCCUUAAAGAAGAAUGUUCUCCAGUAAAGCAAAAACUACGAAGAACCCGUCCCGACAUGGCUAUGAAAAUCAAGGAGGAGGUACAAAAGCAGCUCAACGCCGGCUUCCUAGCGGUCUCCAAUUAUCCUCAAUGGAUAGCUAACAUUGUGCCUGUACCUAAGAAGGAUGGCAAAGUAAGGAUGUGCAUAGAUUACAGAAAUCUAAAUAGAGCAAGUCCCAAAGAUGACUUUCCACUUCCACACAUUGACGUGCUAGUAGAUAAUACCGCCCAGUUCUCUGUUUUCUCUUUUAUGGAUGUUUUUGUUGACUUUUGGGUGUUGUUAAUUGUGAACCUUUGCAGUGUUUUGCGGUUUGGAUUUGAUUUAGAAGCUGAUAGUAAGAAUUUUCUGUGA